AUGCGUUCCUACAAGUCCCGUCAGGACGCUAUGGAGCAGUAUCGCGAGUCGGUACAUGAAGCAGUAGAGGCUUUCUCGCAGGCCCUCACGCUUGUACACACGGCGAACCAAGAGCCACACGUCGUCCUCGAGUUGCUUAACGAACUUGAGCGGACAGCAGAGGGCGCCUCCAACCCAAUCGACAUUUGCGACCUGCGACAGCUUCUGCCUCAUUGGGCAGUAUCCGCAGUCACGGAGGCACUUAGCGACCACCUCACGCUCCGAAACAAGCUUGGCGAAGGCUUCCUCCUCAGAGCCGCAUGUUCUUGGGGCGUAACAUCGCAAAUCGUUCUUUUCCGGAUGGGCUACGAAAAGACCCUCGACAACCACCACAGCAUCUGGUUCUUUGCUGAGAUGGAGGAACUUUCAAGAGAUUGCAAAGACUGGAAUAAGGCCAUGGAAACACUCUGUGAAUGCGCUCAUCAGCGCCGUCUCUCUGCGGCAUCUGGCCUGGGAGUCCCGGGCUUGAAAGCCAGUCACGCUGGCAUCGUCCUGACGGACGUGCUUUCCGCCCGAUCAAUUGCUCAAGCCGCGCAGGCACAGGAAGCAUAG